AUGGCAAACACCAGGGAAGAAGUGAAAGUAAUACAAAUUCGGGAACGAAAACUUAAUCUUAUCAAACUACGAAAAAAAUUCGAUAAGUGGCAUUUUCACAAGACCGCAGUUUUUAAACAAACGGUUUUAUCCUUUCUUUUCUUUAUACUAGCACUCGCAUUGGGUGUUUAUCUAUACCUUUGGGGGGAAAGUGACCCGUCGUUAAGCUUUGCAAAAAAUGUCGUUUCAGUGAUCCUUUUUGCUGGUGGAAGUCUUGGGACUCUCGCUAAAAGUUUGUUCUCUGUCGAAGAACUUUUCCUUUAUUUUAAGGAAAUCGACGACGAAUUAGCGGAGAAAUUUGAUGAUGAAACCAUUGAAAGCUCUUUAAAGAGUGAACCGCCUACAAAAGAUCCAAAAGAUUCAAAGAUUUCAAAAGUUUUGGACUUCUUAAAAGAACUUAUUAGAAAUAUACGUCGAAUGUCAAUAAUUCGGACUAUAUUCGCUUCCAUAAUGUCAUGUGCUUUUUUAGUCAUGACCAUUAUUUCUAUCUUUUUCCUAACUUAUAGUCCGAAUGAAUAUCUAUUUAGUUGCAUGGUUAUCAUUCUCAUUAGUUUUUCUUCUUACUGUCUAUACAUGUCCCUUCUUGUUAUGAUUAUAAUUAAAUGGUUCCUUCCUUGGGCGGAGAAAAGAGAGUUUGAUAAUGUGGUGGAGGAAAGUGUGAUAGCGAGAAGUGAGAAUAAUUAUUUUCGAAAAACAAUCCCUUUAAAGAACUUUUUCUCCAAAAAAGAGAUUACACGGAAUCUUUUACUGGUACUUUUCCUUCCACUUCUUGCUAUAAUUGGUCUGGUGACCCUCAAAUUUGAAUUAAAAAGAAUUGACCUGAGUAAGCAGGAGCUGUCAUGUAUCGAACGUCUUCUUUUUGGGGUACCGAUGGUGCAUGACGAUAAUUUGGACGGUCAAUAUAACAACAAAAAACAAUCAAAUACAGUCAAUGAUAAUACCAACAAACAAUCAAAUACAGCUAAUGAUACCAGGAUAGACGUGACAACUACAACAGAAACAACAGCUGAAAGCUGA